AUGGCCGGCAUCAAGAUCAAGCUCGCCGUGGACAGGUCGCGGAAUCGCGUGGUGUUCGCCGACGCCCGCUCCGACUUCGUCGACGUCUUCCUCUCCUUCCUCACGCUGCCGCUCUCCGCCCUCCAGUCCUGCGCAGCAUCUCCCGGGUGCCUCUCCAACCUCUGCGACAGCGUCGACCGCCUCAGGAACAGCCGUCUGCUCAAGGUCGAGGCCUGCCAUGGCAUGCUUCUCACGCCUGCUCACGACGAUGAGCUCCAGGGCUGUAAGUCAGCUAAAAAGUACUGCAACAAAGCCCUCGACACGGCCUGCAAGUGUUGCCUAGUCACGGCCAGAGUUUUGCAUGUCUACGACUGCGAGCAAGUAGUGAGCAUAAAAGAGACGUUUGCACGUCGCACGAGACGGUUUGUGAUCAGUGAUGACAUGACAAUCAAGCCCGCAUCUACCAGGAUCAUACAGUCGCUGCCUCAGGCGUUCGGUUCUAAUGGAAUCGCCCAUGGCUUUGAGGAGCUCGAAGUGACCGUCAGCUGGCUUAAUGUUUCAUUCAUGCUGAAGGCCUUCCUUUUAUCAGAUACCGUGCUCAGUGAUGUGUUUCUAUCAAAUGAACAUGAUGGCAAGACAGCUCAUGCUACUGCGAAACCGAGCAUCCAUCAGAAAAUUCCACCGUCCGAUCAAGAUUCCGCAGGUUCUUUCCCGGAAAGCAAGAUCAAGAUUUUCUACGACACCUACAAAAAUAAGGUCAUGUAUGCUGAAUGCAACCGUGAGUUCGUGGACCUUCUCAUGGGUUUCUUGACUUACCGUGUGAGCUGUGUGAUCAAGCACACAGGAGCUGGCACUUGCCAUCUUUGCAGGUGCUUUGACAAUCUCUGCAGUAGCGUUUCCAAUCUAACCAAUGCUGGGAGCUUAACAGGUGGCCUCCCUAGUGUGAUAUUACAGGAUCCAAGCAUUAUGCCAUUUGACAUUUUGAGCAACAUCAUGUCCGAUCGGUGCCGACCGCUUCACUGUCGGUGUCGGAAGGACACAAUGCCAGAGCUAGCAUGUUAUUGCUUCCAUCCUGAGAUCGUCAAGGCUCGAAGGUAUGUUGUAGGAGAUGAUCUGCUUAUACAUCAGGCCACUGCCAUGUCUGUGAUGAAGUAUUGGUCGGGGAGAAACAAGGCUUCGGUACUGGAAAUGGACAUUACCAUCGGGAAGCUGGAGGCUGUUGCGCUGCUGCGAACCGCGCUUACUUCCAAGACUGCACUGACCAAAGUGUUUAUCAACAAGUUAGAGAAACAGAAGAUGCAGAUCUUUGUCAAGGUCCGCCAGGGCAAGACCAUAACAGUGGUGGUUGCGAGGUCUGACACCAUUGCCACCGUCAAGAGCAGCAUCAAGGAUAGGGUGUCCAUUCCUGCGGGGUGUCGCCAUGAAUUGGUCUACGGUGGCAUAUAUCUCAAAGACCCGUGCACCGUUGCCGAUUACUAUCUCCACAGGGAAUGUACCAUCACCAGUGAAUUUUUCAACAAGUGA